AAAAUGUUUUGCAGGGAAGUUGAACAGAGUUAAACCAUUACUUCGUGGCCUAAGACAAGUUGGAAUCCCUUUGGAUCAAAAGCUUCCGCCUUUCUCAAGUUCCAAACUAUGAAGCAAGAAAUUAUUAAGCAGCAGCAUGCCUUUGGAUCAAAAGCUUCCGCCUUUCUAUACUUCCAAAAUGAGAAGCAGGAAAAUGGUGUCUGUUUGAAUGGGUUUCUAGACAGGUUUCCCAUGUCAAACUUCAUGUAUUAUUUGAGUUCAUUUAUACUUGGAGAUGCUUAGUAGACUCUUCCUCUAUUGAGGC